AUGUCGCAGUAUCAACAAGACGAGUUGGCCAGGCUCUUUGCCCACAACAUGAGCCUGAACCAAACAUUGCCCCAGUCUACACCAGACCAGCAAUUCCUGGGCCACACUGCACAGCCCAUCUACUAUAGUUCUCAGCACUACACUCCCAUGAGCUACAUGCACGUCUCAGCAGCGUCAGAGCAACACCAAGCAGCAGCCCAACGGGCCGACUCUCCGCUGAGUGGCAGUCCNCCCGACAGCAACAACAUCACACCCAUCCAUCUAGCUUCGAUGCUGCGCAACCACGACAUCGAUCCUACCUCGCUGAGCAAUUCGCAAGUCAAGCUUUUCACCAACGCCGACUACGAACAGCGACUACGCUUGCUUGAACUCUGGCGCAUCUCUCCNCCACAGUCUUCUCACCACUGGCAGCAAGAGACGAGCUUGGUACACGAAGAGCAGUUGGCAGCAUUACGUUAUGAGGAGCGUAUGCGUGCUCAGGUGGAUGAAGCACAGGCAGAGCCCUACAUGGAGUCUGGCUAUGCCCACUCGNNAGCGCGCAGCGAGCCUGUAUAUGCCUCUUGUUCCGGCGGGUUGUGGCGCUCACAGGUUGAGCAGCACGAUCGCUCGAAGGAGAUGGAGGAUGCACAUGCUUCAUGGGCACAGGCACGCAACUUUGAGCAGCUACAGGCCAUGAAUGCCCAGGUCGAACAGCAGCGUGACUUUGUCUCGCACGAUGACGAUAUGGAGUUGUAG